AUGGCUGGAGCUUCAUCCGUCAUAGAGGAUCAAACCAGCAGCACGGCACCUUGGCGUGGAAUGAGGAAGGGAAGUCUACGGACGCUGGGAACUGUCGAAUCUCUUAUGAUCUUGACGGAGUGGCACCCCCGCGCGCUCCACUUUCCUCCUGCCGAGGCCAUCGACGAGCUCAUGCUCCCAUCAUAUGAGGGUAGUGAUUUGAUCAGCACCGAUGAGAACGGAAACCAGCGGCCUUCGGCCAAUAUUGGCGGCCGGAGGCUUGACAGCUGGCUCGAACCUGCGUGGAGGAGUGACAGAAUGUGCUGGAUGCUUCUCAGCACCGCGAUGGGUCUCGCAUAUGAGCUCGGAGUGUUUGACGACAUUGAUGAGCUGCUUCGUGACGGCGCAAUCACCCGCCCUGAAUAUGAGGAGGAAACCUAUAGGCAGCGCGCAAACCGCAUUAAGCGGCUGCUGUUGAUCUACUUGACUCAAUUGGCCGGCCGCCUCGGCUGGACGAGCAUGGUUCCAGAGGUCCUCCGCAAGAGCGAUCCCGCCGUGACCCGUCGACGGCCGACAUCGACUGAAGGCACAACACCCGGUACCAACCCGUCCUCCCUGUCCAAUGCCUUCAACUACAUUCCGGACCUGGAGCUUGACGAUCAGAUCAUCCACUGCUGGGCCGGUAUCAGCAAUGCCAUGCACAUCGGCAAUGAAAAGUUCUUCAGGUCAAGGAAGCACACGACCGACAUCAUCCAGAGCGGCAAGUAUACCGAGCUUCUGAAGGAUUUCCAGCCUCUCCUGCAGGAUUGGUGGAAGGAGUUUGAGCGGUACAGGCUGCCGCCGUACAUCAGACACAUCCUAACCAUCGAGUACGAGUAUGUACGCAUCUAUGUCAACUCGCUGUCUUUGCAGGCAGUCGUUGAGCGGUGCACCAAUAAUGCUGGAAAUACUGCGCACGCCGGACACGGCGCGCACGGCAAUCAUAACGCAGGGAGCGCCGCGCAACUAUCGCCUCAGACUCAGAACUACUUUGGAAAGCUGCCUCUGGGCCAAUUGGGUGGCUUUGGUGCGACUGACCAGGAAUACAUCAAAGAAGUCAUCAGCGGUAGUCGCAACCUUCUCAGAACCGUGGUGGAGGGGCUUCUCCCAGGAGAGUACCUCAAGCACGCUCCCGUGCGGACGUACUUCCGCAUCAUCAGCGGCGCCAUGUUCUUGCUCAAGACCUUUGCCCUCGGUGCGCCGCGGUCGGAUGUCAAGAUGAGUAUUGAUUUGAUGGACCAGACCGUCGAAGCUCUCCGGAACUGCGUCGUCGACGAUGUCCAUUUAGGCAUUCGCUUUGCCGACUUGCUCGAGUCUUUAACCCGUCGUCUUCGCAACCGGUUCAUCCAGGCGCCUACUCUAGGUCAUGCAUCCGCGGAUGGAAGAAGCCCGGAUCCCCAUGGCAUCACUGAUGGUACCGGCGCUGCGGAUGGGCAGGUGGCUAACGGUGUCAAUGGCCAGACUUGGUCCAACCACGCAACGAAACUACGGAAUGGACUCAACCCGCACGAAGACCCGAAUGCCAUAUCCGCAACACCCUUCGACCUCACCACAGGCAACUUUCCCUACCCGUCUGGCGCCGCCUCUGUUCUGGGUCCCUCCACACCGGCGCCUCACCCCGAAAACACCAGCAACAACACGAAUACGAACAACACCAACAACACAGCAGGCUCCACGACCGGCAUGGACAACCUCUUCGACUCGACAGACUGGAGCAACCCCAGCAACGAGAUGUGGUACCUGCCCACGGGCCCUGCCUUUUUCCAGAACAUGGACAACACCGCCGUGGCCAUGACGGCCGAGGGCGUCAACGUCGGAGGCCUCGACCUCCUUGAGUACAUGGCCAUGGAUAACUUCAACGUCAUGGACGGCACGAACGGCGCGCCGUCAUACCCCUGA